UUCUGCAUAGCCCUUCCUCAUCGCCGCCCACUGUCUUACCGCUGGCGAGCUAUGUCAUUGGCGUCCGCUACCAUGCCUUCAAGCUGCGCGUUCUCCUGUUGCAAAACGGACGACACAAAAAUGCGAGCCGAGAGAUGAGACUUACAUAGACGGUGUUGGUCUGAAGCCUGUGAGCAACGGGUAGACUUGUCCGCCAUGACGCGUAGCACGGUUCAUUUGGGAAAGAAAAUUCAUUUCCGCGGAACCGCGCCUUGUUAUUAAGCGGCUCAUCAAGACACAGGUCACUCAGAGGAUGUAGUAGCAAGAUUUGGCCUGCUCGGGGGUAUUGUCACCUCACAUGACGAUGAAUGCCCAAUUCGAUAGCGGGUAGAGCGUCGACGUUCCAGAGGACCGAAACAUCGCAGCGACCGGUGCGGUGUAGGCUUACGCAUCGGCUGCGGCUGCGGUCCGCGGCCCUCCCCUUGAAUUCGCGGAUCCCAAAGCCCAGCAUGCUGCACCUUAUUUCGGGUCUUUACUCUGAGUGGACUCGCAAAAUCCCAUUCAAUGUGCUUAUUCUCGGCCCUGAGGGUGCAGGAAAGAGCUGCCUCAUCGAGGCCAUCAAGACCACCCAUGGAAAUAGGCCUGGGCUGCCGGCUGACAAGGUCAAGCCUACCAUCGGGCAGAACAUCUUUGAGCUGCCGUUGACAGGGAAUCUGCUACGGCUAUGGGACUUGGGUGGAUCAGAGGAUAUGCAGAAGCUAUGGCAGAAAUACUACAAAGAGAGCCAUGCGCUCCUAUGGGUGGUGGAUGCCCGAUGGUGGGACGAUGUAGAGGUGUCAUCUGAGGAACCAUCGGACUCAAUGCCCAACCCAAAUCCUGUUCCAGCCGCCAAUGCGCUCAGAGCGCAGGCAGCGAUGUCAUGGGACCUGCUAGCCGCCAUUAUGCAAGAUAGGCACAUGUCCACUGUACCCUUUCUGAUCGUCCUCAACAAGACUGACCAGCUUACGGGAGUCGAUGGCCAGACUCGAUCCAGGUAUAAAACCGAGCAAAUAUCGGAGCUCGAGGAUACAGCACGGCUGUGGUGGGGCUCAAGACUGGCGAGCGUUAUUUCGAGGUCCGCAACAAAAGCCAGCAAGACUGAGACACCAGCGCCCUCUGCUUUUGAAAGUGCAGCUGUGACACCAUCUUCCGAGCGACCAGGGUCAUCAUCUUCCGAUGACCCAGUAGACACGAUCUGGGAUGUGCUAGGCACGUCUGCUGUGGACCUGACUGGUGUUCGAGACAUGGUACACUUCCUCGAGCUGCUGGCAGAACAGCGGAAGGCUUAGGAUGCGAAGCCGCUAAUUUGUCGCAGGUGCUGGGGAUGGGCAACCCUCACAAAAGACUGCGUCACGUGCAAUUCCGUCUCGAGUCCAUUCGGGCAAGGUGAUAAUCUUCACGGUCGCCGCAGGUUCAAGUCUUCCGAGCCGGUAACUUUUCAUAUUUGUGCAAGCUUGGCGCAGAUAUGCGUACAAAUGCAGCCGUGCAUAUAUACGCACGGUCAUUGUGUAUAUAGGAGCGUGGCUUAAACGCGCAUGCGCUGCAAAGCGGAGGCAGUUGCCUGUCUGCAUG